AUGCCGAGUUACUCUGCCACCCCCGCCAACGAGGCCAAGUCCGCCAAGUGCCGCAUUGCGUACCUCCGUGUUCACUUCAAGAACACCGUUGAGACCGCCAACGCCAUCAAGGGCCGCAAGCUUCUCAACGCUGUCGGCUACCUGAAGGACGUUCAGGAGCAGAAGCAGUGUGUUCCCUUCCGCCGCUUCCACCGCGGUAUUGGUCGCACUGCCCAGGCCAAGGCCUUCAAGGCUACCCUGGGUCGCUGGCCUACCAAGAGCGCCAAGCACCUGCUGCAGCUUCUGCAGAAGGUCCAGGCCAAUGCUGAGGCUAAGGGUCUUAACACCGAGGAGCUUGUCAUUAAGCACAUCCUCGUUAACGCCGCCCCCAAGCAGCGCCGUCGUACUUACCGCGCUCACGGUCGUAGCAACCCCUACAUGAGCAGCCCUUGCCAUAUCGAGAUCAUCGUCUCCGAGGAGGAGAAGAAGGUCGAGAAGGCUGUCGAUGAGCGUGCCACCGCUAACAUCCUGGACAACCUGAUCAGCGGUGUUGGUGCUGGCGUCGGUGCCGUUGCCAACCUCGGUGAUAACAUUGCCUCUGGUGCUGUUGACGCCUUCUCCCAUGUUACUGAGGGUGCUGUUGACGGUUUCUCCCAUGUUACCGAGGGUGCUGUUGACGGUUUCUCCAAGGCCACGCAGGGCGUUGUCAGUGGCAUUGAGAAUGUCGGAGAUAAUUUUGAGAGCGGUGUAGCCGUGUCAAGUCGGACUUUAGCGCUGGAAAGAACAACGAUGAUGAUGAUGAUGGUCUGGACUUGUCCACCAGCGGCGCCUCCGGCAUGA